AUGUCGCCCUCUAGUGAAGAAUACGCCUUGAACCAACUGCAGGUGGAGCAGUCGAAACUACUGGACAAGAUUGACGAGUUACGCAGCCUUGGUAUCGGUGGCCUUGUGGAGUUACCUCAACUCAUUGUCUGUGGCAACCAGUCAAGUGGAAAGAGUUCCGUGCUGGAAGCCAUCUCCAGAGUGCGUUUUCCAGCCAAGGGAAAUGUCUGCACCCGAUUCGCGACCGAGGUCAUUCUUCGUCGCAGUCCACAAGCGCGAGUCAAAGUAUCUAUAGAACCGGGCGCUUCACGCACCGACAAUCAAGAGCGAGCGAAGCUCCAAGCCUUCAAUUCCGAGUCGUUCUCCACCAGUGACGACCUUCCCAAAUUGAUCAAGGAGGCUGAAGAAUGCAUGAGGAUUGGUGGUGGCCAACUCUCCACAGCAGGCUUCAGCGAUGAUGUUCUCAAGGUCGAGAUCUCUGGCCCCGAAAAGCCAGAGCUCAGUCUGGUUGACCUUCCGGGGCUCUACAGCUCCGUCAGCGAUGACCAGAACGAAGAAGGAAUGAUGUUAGUUGAGCAGUUGACUAAGAAGUACAUGGAGAAUAAGCGGAGCAUCAUCCUUGCUGUCAUCAGCACGAAACUUGACUAUCAUCACCAGCGGGUCUUGAACCUGGCAGGGAAAAUUGACCCAGGGCACGAGAGAACACUUGGAAUAGUGACCCAGCCCGAUACUCUCUCACCCGGCUCGGAAGAGGAAGAAACCUAUCUGAAGUUCAUCAAAAAUGAAAAGAUCAAUCUACAGCUCGGAUGGCAUGUACUUUGCAAUCGGAAGUUUGAGACGCGUAACACUUCGGACGAUGAGCGAGACCGAAACGAACGCGAUGUUUUCGAACAGGGACGAUGGGCUUCACUUUCUCGUGAGAUUGUGGGAAUCGACAGCCUAAGACGUCGCCUGAGCAAUAUUCUGCUGAAGCACGUUCGCCGCAGCCUCCCAGAUCUGAUCUCGGACAUACAGAACAAGAUCUCAGGUCAUGAACAAAAGCUAGCAAAGAUGGGCACCGCACGGUCAACCGUUAGAGAUCAGCGAGGAUUCCUUGUCGACAUAAGCAGCAAGUUUGGUCGCAUUACAGACCAGGCUCUGAACGGAAUGUAUUCCGAUGAUUUCUUCGGCGGAUUCGACGAUCAGAAAGCGAACAAGGAGGAUACCCACGAUUUCCGUCGAUUGCGGGCAGUCAUUCGUGAGAUGAAUGAGAACUUCGCGGAAGCCAUCAGUAUUCGUGGCUGCCGAAGAAUCAUCCGUCUAACUGAUACAAGUCUCCCCUUUCCAACCCUUCAGCAGCAAAGGUCUAAACCUUAUAUGAAUGACUGGGUACCUGAAUACGUCAAUGAAGCGACCCUUCAAGACGAAAUAAAAGAACAGGCAGUCAAAUACCGCGGUAUAGAGCUUCCAGGAAACGCAAAUCAGAUGCUGGUGGGGAGUUUGUUCCGUGACCAGUCCGAGCCCUGGGAAAGCCUUGCUGAGGCUCAUUUAAAGGAUGUCUGGACCUCGGUCAACUAUUUUGUUGGCCUUGUCCUCCAGCAUCUAACGGAUCAACACACUUACCCUUUACUGAUGCGCGACCUUAUCAUCCCCGAGAUGGACCGCUUGAGAGCCCGUCUGUUCGAAAAGCUUCAAGAAUUGACCUCCUACAGGAAAUGUGGUCAUCCUCUGCCCCUGGGAAAGAACUUCCUUUCCACGAUCCAGGAGUCGCGCAAAAAGCGUCAACUCGUCGUGUUGAAAAAGGAGCUUGGUCUUGUUGCAUCCCCAUUCUUCCCAAACGCAGAUCUCGAUAAAACCUUCAAUGCCAGUGAUCUUGACCGAGCAGCUUCUCAAUUGCAGUCAUCCAGUGACCAGUUUGCAGCUGCUGAAAUAAUUGAUCAGAUGCAGGCCUACUACGAUACCGCUAUCGUGACUUUCAUCGACAACAUCGCGAUACUUGCAAUUGAGAACUGCUUGCUCCGACCCCUAGAGCACAUUUUCACUGGCCAGUCUAUCAUUGGCAUGGAGGAUGCUCAGAUCCAGAGCAUUGCAGCAGAGCCGCCCAAUGUCGAACUCGAUCGUAAACGUCUAAACGAGGAAUUGAACAAGUUGAAUGCAGGCAGGCAAACCCUCAGCGCCUUCAGUACGGAUGGCCCUUCGAUGCCAUCUCGGCCUGUCUUCGCCUCACAGUUGGCGUCUCGGUCGGAGAAAUCUAGCCCCUCACGUCAGGCGAACAGGCCUCAACAAGGGACUUCAAGUAACGGUAGUUCAUACAGCGGACCUACCGCUAACUCUAGCCGACAACAAACGCAAAAUAAUCCCAGCUCAGGUCUCUUCCAACAGACUUCAACGGCCACCAGCAAGCCACCUCCGAGUCCUUUUGCAGCUCCUAGUCCAUCACCGUUUGGAGGAAGCUCGAAUGCCAAGGAAACCCCUUUUUCUUCGAAAGUAUUCGGUGCUGGAAAAGGCAGUAGUGGAAGUGCUCAACCGACGCCUAACCAUGGAGUUUUUAACACGUCACUGAGUGGGUUUGCAAGCCCAUUCAAGAAUGGAUCCAACGGCGGACCUUCUGGUCAGGGACCCAGACCAUUUGGAAGCACUUCCAGCCCAAGUGGUUAG